UCGGACAACAUUUCUAGUGUCUACGCCUGUGAGAAGCAGGAUUGUGAGACAAGUACGGACAAGGAGGUCAUUGAAAACGUAAAGUGGAUUGCCACUGAAGAUGACCCGAAGGACAACAUCGAGAAAGAAAUCAAAAUGAGAGCUCAACCUUAUGUGUUGACCGUCAUAAAGCACCAGAACGGAGGAGGAGGGAAUGGUAACGGGUUGGAUAACCUUCCCCCCGUCAUCACUCACACCGCUGCUACACCCCAGGGCUCUCCCAAUGCUACUCUGACCUUACAGAGGGACAUCAACAACCGACUAUGUCCCGAGAAGGCCCUCAACGUCAGCAAUCCGUCCAUAGUUACGAUAGACAAAAGUUCUAGCCCGUUGUCCUUGUCUCCGGAUGUGCUUCAAGUGAAUGGGAUGCCUGUGUUCCAAGUGGCCUCCUUAAACAUUCCAACGAUCCACCUGACGGGAAGCCCCCAGAACAGCCGCAGGAAUAGCGUCAUCGUCGCUCUUUCCAGGCAGUCUAGUAUCAUGUCCAACAUUAGCAGGAAGAAUUCCUUGGGCCCGUGCUUCAGCCUACAACGGAAAGGUAGCACUGGCAGUGGGUGUAAAGGUAGCUUCAACGGGUGGAAAGCACAUCGUCGGAAAAAGAGCGAGAAUGAGAGCUCUGAAAAUGGCUCUGGACCUGAAGAUAUCGUGCUCAACAACAUGACGCCGCAUUCACCAAGCAAUCAAAGCUCAGAGCACACGCACUGUAAUGGCAGUAUCCCAACUCUUCAAAAUACACCGAACAACAAGAGACCAGUUUUGAUACAGAAUAGCAUCAACAGCCCAAAAGUACUUAGCCCUCAAAACUCGAUUAAGAGUGUAUCUCUUUCUCAAUAUCGGGACAACGGGACUUCGACUCCAGUUCCGAAUGAGCCUAUUCCAUGCAGCCGCCAGAUGUCCCUUAACAGCAGCAUUCAAAGUCAGAAUACUUUGAGCCCAUCCAACACCUACUACCUGCCCAGUCGACAAACUUCCAUAUCAGGGACUUCUCUCAAGGAAGAGUUCAAGCCGAACAAUUUAGAAGGUACGCAGACCAAAGUGGAGAACAGAAGGACGUCUGCAGAAUGUGAACUCUCACAAAAGCUUUGCUGGUUUAUUGAACCAAAAGGAUGGAUCAAGGAAAGAGAGGACUACUCCCUUUUCAUCUUUUCCAAAUCCCACUGCCUGAGACGAAUUUGUAAUCGAAUCGCGGAGAAUAAAUGGUUCGAUUAUAUAAUCUUGGUAUUCAUCGCCUCCAACUGUAUUACAUUGGCAAUGGAAAGGCCUACAAUACCUCCAGACAGCAAAGAAAGGAUUUUUUUAAUAUCUGCUAAUUACAUCUUCACCGUAGUCUUCGCCUUUGAAAUGGCAGUUAAGGUCCUUGCCAAAGGAUUAUGGUAUGGUCCUAACGCUUACUUUAAGAGCGGCUGGAAUAUCAUGGAUGGUUUCGUAGUCGGUAUAUCGUUGGUGGACGUCAUCCUAUCCUUCGUUGCAGAAAGCAGUCCACGAAUUUUUGGUAUUUUGAGGGUCUUCAGGUUACUUCGCUCGCUCCGACCUCUCAGGGUCAUCAAUAGAGCUCCGGGGUUGAAGUUGGUGGUGCAAACUCUUCUAUCUUCUCUCCGACCUAUCGGAAACAUCGUCCUCAUCUGCUGCACAUUUUUCAUUAUUUUUGGAAUUCUUGGCGUACAACUAUUUAAAGGCAGCAUGUAUUACUGUGAAGGUCCAAGUGCUUCACGCGUUCGCAACAAAUUCGAAUGCCUGCAGGAUCCUAGAAACGUCUGGCAAAACAGGAAAUAUAAUUUUGACAACUUGGGGCAAGCCCUGAUGUCACUUUUCGUCCUUUCGUCGAAAGAUGGCUGGGUAAACAUCAUGUACACAGGUUUGGAUGCUGUCGGUGUGGAUCAACAACCCAUUGAGAAUUACAAUGAAUGGCGACUACUUUACUUCAUCUCCUUUCUCCUCCUGGUGGCAUUUUUCGUCCUCAAUAUGUUCGUGGGUGUAGUCGUCGAGAAUUUCCAUCGGUGCCGGGAACAGCAGGAACGAGAGGAAAAGGCAAGACGGGCAGCUAAACGAGCGAAAAAAAUGGACAAGAAACGGAGAAGAAUGAGGGAGCCUCCAUAUUACAUCAACUACUCGAAGCCCCGGCUAUUCACUCACAACAUCAUAACAAGUAAAUACUUCGACUUGGCCAUCGCAGCGGUCAUUGGACUAAACGUUGUCACCAUGGCGAUGGAAUUCUACAUGAUGCCUAAGAAACUGGAAUAUGCUUUGAAGGUUUUCAAUUAUUUUUUCACUGCUGUAUUCAUAGUUGAAGCUUUCAUGAAGGUAGUUGCCCUCGGAAUACUGAAGUAUUUAAAAAACAGGUGGAAUCAAUUGGACGUAGUGAUCGUUGGCCUCUCUAUCGCUGGUAUUGUCUUGGAGAAGAUGGAAUCUGAUCUGAUACCCAUCAAUCCAACAAUCAUCAGAGUUUUCCGUGUUUUGCGCAUAGCAAGAGUUCUGAAAUUACUCAAGAUGGCUAAAGGUAUUCGGGCAUUGUUAGACACUGUAAUGCAAGCUCUGCCUCAAGUUGGAAACUUGGGACUUCUAUUUUUCUUACUGUUUUUCAUCUUUGCUGCACUCGGAGUUGAGCUGUUUGGAAGACUAGAAUGCACAGAGGACUUACCUUGCGAAGGUUUAGGAGAACAUGCCCAUUUCAAAGACUUUGGAAUGGCAUUUUUAACCCUUUUCAGAGUGGCAACUGGAGACAACUGGAAUGGAAUAAUGAAGGAUACACUCCGAGACAAUUGCGAUUAUUCCAGCGACUGCAUUAAAAACUGUUGCAUUUCCCCCAUCAUCGCUCCUCUAUAUUUCGUAAUCUUUGUGUUAAUGGCCCAGUUUGUGCUCGUCAAUGUUGUCGUCGCCGUACUCAUGAAACAUCUGGAAGAAAGCCACAAACAAAUGGAUGACGACCUGGAGAUGGAGGCAGAGCUAAAGCGUGAACUAUUGGCAGAGCAGCAGCAAAUCAAGGAAGCCGAAAUGGAGCAGCAAACCAAGCCUGCUGUUGAACUGACAGAGAAAGUGAAGGAACGGAAAUCCCCCCAUUCUAAGCACGUGCCACAUAAACCGCUUGUAAAAAUGGCAUCACUUCCCCCGAAUUUUGUUUUCCCAUUCAACAGUGCUGAGGAAAAAGGAUAUCGAAGAGCUUCCCUGAACUUACAGAGCUGCAGAAAUACUACAGAUUGCAUAUUUACUAAUUCUCAAGAUCUAGCAACGGCACCACCAAGUUUUAAGUUAAUUCCGCCUCUAGUGAAUACUUCAUCAGUCGCUGCAACAAACGUAAACAUCCGACAAGCAUCUCCGGAUGAAACCGACAGCAAAGUAUCUGUGGCAAACCUUAGUCCGAUCCCUUUGCGAUCCACAUUUGGAUCUACUUUAAGUGUACCCAAUGCGACUUCAAGCUGCCAAAAGAUGACCUUGCCUCAGGCAAAAUGUGAAGUUGAUCCGAAGAAACUGGAACAGCCUAAAGAUCAGCAAAGAGAUGAAGCUGUGCGUCUUCAAACGCAGCCACUAGAUGACUGGAAAUGUGUCUUUGCAUCUAUGAAUACAGAUCCUUACAAAGUUCACGUCUUACCCGUACUACACAAUGAUGUCACCAGUAGCACAAACUUGUAUGACAAUAAAGUGUGUGAUCCAUUGGGUGCAGACAGAAACAGAAGUGCAUCAAACGUCUUUCUCCCCGACAAAAGCAACAAAUCUGACGAUUGCGAUUCUGGGUGUGCGUCUAUCGAUCGUAACUUGAGCAACGAUCGGAACAAUUCUCUGCGAACACCUUAUUUGUAUAAAAGCAAUAGUGGUGAAGCCUCAUUAUCCUCGCCUUCGAUUGUGAGGGCCGAUAUCUUUCAAGGAGAUGAAGCUCCGUUGAUUAUAAGGCGGAUUCGUAAAAAACUGAUCAACCUCGGCGGGGGGGAGUCGUCACUCAGUUCUCAGUCAGAUGCUCCCGAUGACAACAAAGACAAAAGUUUCACAACAGAUUCGACAUCAUUAGAAUGUUAGCACUCAUAUUCUUAAAGGGAACUACUUUUCUGCACAUCUAGGGUUGCCCACUUUAUUAAGAGAAAAGAUGAUUUUGAGGAUAAAACUGCCCAGGAAUGCAAAUGUGAUUCGAAUAGAAAAAGUAUUAAUUGUUACAGAAGAAAGAAAGAGAACAGAUUACUUACUGCUAUACUAUUUUAAAUAUUAAUCUGCUUAAAACGUAUGGAUUAUUUUUUAAUAUAGGUUUUUAAAUAGUGCACAUAUAAAACUAUUUGCUGUUAAUAUUUUUGAAUUCUAAAAAUGAUCAAUGUUCAUGUUUUAGCAAAGUUUAUUUCGAGUGAAAUAACUCUCCCAAACCAAAUGAAGGAUGAACCUUCAAAGUGAGUUCAGCUACACGCAAGCAGUCCGGAGUGCCUGCAUAUAUUCAGUAGGAGCUUGAAAUCUGAUUAAUUACGAUGACGAGUUUUCUGUGAUUAGAAAUUAAAAAUUUAAAAAUCUAAACCCGGAUGCAGGAUGUAUUGCAUUUUAAAAAUGAUACACACUGGCAUAAAUAAAGCAAUAUACAUGCAUGAAAAAACAUGCCUUGACCGCUUGCUUCUUCAAAUUUUAUAGGGCUCUGAGCAUGCCAAAAUUUUUUCUUAAAAAAAUUAUUUUCCCACUAUUAGACACAAGGAAGUGAAUGUCUGUAUACUGAGAUAUAUUUAGAGUCCCACACUGCCUUUAUUAAAUACUGUGAAUAAAUUGUAAUAUGCGGAAAUCUAUGCAGAAAAACAGGACUGCAAAGGGGUCGUUUUACAUAGGGUCAUAGAAGAGUCCGGUAUAGUGUAACAAAUAUUUAUUAACAGGUUUAAGUUACACACGGACAUUACAUUUAACUUUAAGAAAACUUACAGAGCAACAGUCUGGCACAACCUAUGAAGUGGGAGCCUUGGCUUUUACUGAAGUACUUCUCUGGCUACUCACCAGAGGGCAGCCUUGUUGUCAUAGUUAGUCCAACAGUUUAUGUUAAGGGAUUGGUUACAAAACGUUGGGCGUCACUUUCUAAAGGGGUCGUUUUACACAGGGUCAUAGAAGAGUCCGGUAUAGUAUAACAAAUAUUUAUUAACAGGUUUAAGUUACACACGGACAUUACAUUUAACUUUAAGAAAACUUACAGAGCAACAGUCUGGUACAACCUAUGAAGUGGGAGUCUUGGCUUUUACUGAAGUACUUCUCUGGCUACUCACCAGAGGGCAGCCUUGUUGUCAUAGUUAGUCCAACAGUUUAUGUUAAGGGAUUGGUUACAAAACGUUGGGCGUCACUUUCUAAAGGGGUCGUUUUACAUAGGGUCAUAGAAGAGUCCGGUAUAGUGUAACAAAUAUUUAUUAACAGGUUUAAGUUACACACGGACAUUACAUUUAACUUUAAGAAAACUUACAGAGCAACAGUCUGGUACAACCUAUGGAAGUGGGAGCCUUGGCUUUUACUGAAGUACUUCUCUGGCACUCACCAGAGGGCAGCCAUGUUGUCACAGUUAGUCCAACAGUUUAUGUUAAGGGAUUGGUUACAGGACCAGAUUUGCAAACGUGGAGGCCCGACUCGAAACCUAUUGCGCUGAUCUCCGUCUGUGAUUGUUUUCAAUGUAGGAAAUGUCACUGGUGCAAAUUAAGUUUCACGUAAGGCAUAUUUCGUAUAGAAUGUUUCGUGAAACAAUCUCAUAAUUCCAUAUUUUUGGUUCAAAACUAUCACACAAACUAAUAUAUUUCACCAUUUUUUGUGAAUACUGUUUUCUGGAUCUCUUACGUACUGUAUAAAAUAUAAACUUAUAUGAAUCCUCGUCACUGUACAAAAUCUUGGUCAUUUUAGACCAGGAUUUUGUUUCUUUUGAAAGAAACAGAUACUUUUAAUAAUAUCAAAUGAAAAAAAAAGAACUGGAAUUUAUUUUUAUACUGUAUUUUUGAAAUUUCAAAGGCCCAGCACUUGAAAUUUAAUAAGAUUAAAGGUUAACGUGGUUGAACUGUAGAAAGAAUUCUAAACUACUCCUUUAAGUGUUGGUCUAAACUACUCCUUUAAGUGUCUAAACUACUCCUUUAAGUGGAAGCAAAUUGUAAUCAGCUUUUUCUUCGUCUAAGUGAAUCAUCAGCUUCUGAGCCUAAUUAGUACGUACGUUUUAUGAACUAAAAAUUUAUUUCUGCUUCUAAUUUAUAUUUUUAAAACCUCGAAUUGAAAAAAUUAUAUAAAACUUUACAUAUUUUAAAUACUGAAAGGCAUCUGGAAGUUAGUUAAAAGUAAAAGACCAAGGCAUAUGUUCCAUUUGCCAUGCAGAAAUCAAACUCUUUCGAAAGCAUUUGUGUAAACUUUGAUAUCCAGAACGUUACAUUUCAUCAGAUACAAAUUAAAUCUGUAAGAAAUAGUUAGGUAAAAAUAUACAUAUACAAGCAUAAUGUUUAAAUUAAUAACCGAAUUCUGUUUAUCCUAUAAUUUGUUUAAUUAUCGAAAACAUAGUAAUAAUAAUAACAAAGUAGUAACCAGAGUAUCAAUUUUUUAUCUGAUAUGGCUAGGUUUUCUGAUAUCAGCAAAUAAAUUAGAAAUGGGACGAAUCUUAAAUUUUCUGGAAUAUCUUAAAUUAUCCAUGUAAGAAGAAGAAAAAUUAAUAUUAAUAGUUAUUACUUAAAAGAAUAUUUGAAAUCUGCGUUUCAUGAAAAAUAAAUUUAAGAAUAUUUUUUAAAUACACUGAUAUUUAUUAAUACAAAUGAAUUUGAAAAAUAAAAUGCAUAAUUGAAACUCUUGAAUCUUGAGAUUCAUUUUCUCAAGAUAAUCUGACAAAAAAUAUUUUUAAAAACUUCAUUUUUUACAUUUUUCACAAUCUUUUUAUAUCUAAGCAAAUGCAAAGAGGAGAUAAUUAUUUCAUGAGUUAUCAACGAUGAACCAUGAAGAAAGAUCCCUUAAUUCCAUCUAGAAAAUUAAGACUGUAUAUUCAGGUAAAACUGAAUGCCAUAAUGAAAUGCUGAUCAUACAAAGUGGCAGAAACUGCAAUAAUCGCGAUAGUUUACAGAGUCUCACCUCCUUUGGAAGCAUAAACUGACUUGAGACUCUGGAAGACGUAAGCGAAUAUUCGCUAUGUCUUGGAAAUUAUAACAUAGACUUAUUAAGGAUGUAAAAUAUCCUUUUAUUAAACUCAGCAGAUUAACGUGUAUUGUGCUUUCAAAACAAGCUAGCAUUUAUGGCGUAACUGAAAAGAAAUUAAUUUAAAUUAAACUAAGUUAAGUCGUAAAUUACCUACACAGACAGAAUAGCUCAAGUUGGCUUAAACCUAAUACUGACGUGACAAACUUGAUCGGAAAAAUAACACAACGCCACAGACAAAAUGCUAUCAAAAGAUUCAAAUAGUGACGUGGCCUUCAUCAGGAGGAACAUGCUGUGAUUCAACAAUUCUAAAAACCUUUUUUUAAAGACUACCACUUUCUACCUCAUUUGAAUUUGUGCGAAUUAAAAUUUGCAUUCUCGCAGGAAAACGGAAAGUGUGAAAGACAGAAAAGCUAAUUAAUAUAAAAUAACCGAUUAAUAAAAAUAAAUAAAUCUUUACAAGUUGUUUAAUGAAUGAAUGUUAUAAUGAAUGAAUUCCGCUUGACAUCAAGAAAACUAAUCUUUCAAAAGUUUUGAGUUAAAAAGUUGAAUUUUUUUUUUUUUUUUUUUUUUUUUUUUCUGGUUGUUAUGUUUGUUAGGAUUCGAAACAUUAGAAAUGUGUGAAGAUUUGAAUUAUCGAAUUUCAAACUUUGUUCAAGAUCCGUACGAUUCCAACACUGAAAGAUUCGAAUAUCACAUACAUAAAACGCACGUACUAAUUGGUUUUGACGGGCCUAGAAACAGACGUUUUUCACAUAGGCGAAGAAAAGGGUGAUUUCAGUUUGCUUCCUAUUCACUUAACAAGUAGUUUAGCAUUCGUUUUACAGAUCAACCACAUUAAUAAAGCUGGUUUAGGAAACAGAUCGCAGCAUGAUUAUUGGAUAAAUUAGCAAAUAAUGGAUUAUAUAACGGAAAAAAUGAUUAUAUAACGGAGUUUAAAUGAUUAUAUAAUGGAUUAUAUAACGGAGUUAUGAGGAAACAUAUGGAAUAAAUCAAAUGCAACUUUAAAGCAAAAAACUGGCGCCAAAAGUAACGAAAAUAAAUGAAUGGGCAAUCUUUAGAAUUAAAAUGUUUAUGCCAUUUGUCACAUAAAAGUGAAGGACAUAAUGAAAUCUAAAAAUUGAGGCUGUAGUUUUUCACAUUUAUUCAUAAUGACAAGAUUCGGUAUACUUUUUCAUAAAUUAGACAGAAAAAAAUGGCAACAAAUUUUUAAAAAUACGUUAUUUAUUUUGAUACAAAUACAUUCAGCUGUAAUGUUAAAAGUUCUAAAUUUAAAAAAUGCGAUAUUUUUUUUCCAGGCGUUAGAAACGCUUCUUCUUAAUUUCAAUAAUAUACGAUGGGAUAAAAUCUAACCCAAAUUUGUGGGAACGUUCUAAAAGUAGAGAGAAUAUCAAAUAAUGAUGUAAGUGCAAAAAGAAAGCAAAAUCCAGAAAACUUAGGGAAAGUUUAUAUUUAUUACUUACAGUACAAUUCUGUUAGAAAUGGAAAACUACAUUUUGCACUGUAUAAAGCUUUUCCCAUAUAGAACCGACUCUUUUUGAAUUUCAAAAAUUUAUGAGCUGCUGAGAAUUUGAGGAAUUUUUGGCUAACGCUAACAGUUCUUUUUUAGUAGUGCCAGUGUUUGUCAUUUUUCAGAUGCCUAUCUAUUGUUCGUCAGUUUUAGAUCCAUUAAGAAUACCCAUUGCGGAGAAAUCUCUGCUUUACUGUCUGCAUAUUAAAUUUAAGCGAAUGUAGUUCAAAAUAAAUUAGUUUAAAUUCAAUUUUAACAAAAUUUUUUGGUAAAUUAAAAAAAGUUCCAUUGAUUUUGUCCUUGCAGCUUUUUAAAAUAUGCAAGUGCAUGAGCUAUAGCACCAUGAAAUAAAAUAAUUUGUAAAUCGUUUGCAAGGUACAGAUUCUUCCAUUUGAGAUUGAUAGUGGGCAACCCAUUUUUAAUAAAUGUAAUUUCAUUAAUUCAUAUGAUUGCAUAAUCUCAAAAUGUACAAACUACUGUUGCCAAAAAAAAAUUUUUUUAAAGGCUUAACAGCAUGGGAUACAGCUGAUUCGCAGCCUUCGAGCUUUAAUUCUUUUGUACGAUGUGAAAGGAAAUGAAGAGGAUUUGGGGAGUUCCUGCACUUUGCAUCAUUCUGCCUUGUGGUGAAAGACAGUAUUUUGAAAAAGAAAAAAAGAUAAAAAAUGCAUGCUUUUUAUUUUGUUAUUUACAUUUAUAAAGACGAUCUUUUUCUAUACGAAAAUUCAUGUCUGUGUACAGUUUAUAACAUUUGUGGAAUUGUAUCAUAAAGACAAAGACACUUUGAGGAAUGUAGCAAUUUUACAACUUGCAGUGAAAAUGUUACUGCAUAACAGUAAGCAUUUUACACAAAAAUUAAAACGUACUGAAUGUCAAACGUACUGUUAAACCAAAACUAAUAGACUCUGCUAAUAAUUAAAGGGUGCUGACUCAAAUAAAUUUUAAAAAAAGGAAUUUUAUGUUAUUAGCCAUGUCUUUUUCUUUAAUUAAUAAAAUAGUUUAUUGAUA